GAGAUCAAAGGUGGAAAUGUAUAGUGACACCAUGCCUAGAAUUACAAAACGAAUAUAAUUAUAGUACAUUACAUCUUAAACUAAUUGAUACACUUACGCAAUUAUUAUCUCAAUUUCCAAAUGCAAAGACAUUUUCUAAACUUGAUGAUGAUGGUCUAAUUCAUCCACAUUUAUAUUAUGAUCUUGUAAACAAAUUUGAAUCAAAUAACUACGCUGAAUUAGCUGAAUGUUUUUUACGUAAUAGUCUUAUUACUGAAUCUUCUAUUGGUGAAGAUAUAUUUUUUGGUAAAAUAGUUUCAAAUUAUUGUAAUCCAAAAUUUAUAGAUCUUAAUAAUACUAAUAUGGUUUGGCAUAAACGAUAUAAUUUGG